AAUAGGAUGGGCAGCUGUUAACGGUGUCCUUCGGAGGCCCUUUGAAUGCAUGUGGCGCGAUAUGAAAAAGUAGGGCUAAAUAGUGAGACAGCCGGAGAGCUGAAGCUUUUAUUAACACCUAGUGAGUUUCUAUUUAAUUAAGCAACAUGUUUUCUACAGAGACGAGUUGUUGGUUCAUCCGUAAGGUCAUUUGCUGGAGAGCGGCAGCCAGCAUUGCUUGGUCUGUCCUCCUGUUACCACCUACCACCGCAGUUUUUGUGCUGCUCAGCAAGUUUAGUCUUCUUCAACCCAUCCAGACAAUAUCAGAAUGCCUGUCACUGAUAAGUGCCAGUUCAAUUUUCUCCUUCAUUCUGCUGGGAGGUGUGAUCGUCAUGGUUGGUUUCCUGAUCUUGGAGUAUUACACAGUUAUUCCAACAAUUGCCUGCUCCAAAAUUGCAUUAUUGAGUCAGCUUCUUCAUCCUCGCCAGUUUAUCAACUCCAUAGGCCACUGCCUCAUGGGCGUGAUCGUAGGCUGGUGCUGUGCCGUCACCAUAGGUCACAGAUACAAGAUGCUUGGCCGCCCAUGCAAAAUUAGUGACGGUUACUCUCAGAUGUGUCUUAAUGAGCAUCAUCUCAUCUUUCUGCUGGCGGGAGCCUUUGUUGGAUUCUCUCAUAGUCUUCUGGGAGUGAUCCACAACAUCAAUUAUAUCUCUUUUCAAAUAGUUCAGCAACACAAAUACCUUCGUUUCAAAGGGUCGCUGCCGUUGGUGCUGAAGUGUAGCGCCACUCAGGCGUUUUACUCUGUCAGAAAUUACAUUGUUGUGUAUUUCUUUUUGGGUUACAUUCCAAAAACAUGGGUGUGCAAAACUCUGAACCUACAGUUAGAAGGCUCUGUCCAUCCUCUGGACAGCAUAGCUGUACUGCUGGACCUUUCUCUGCUUUAUCAUCUCUGGAUCAGUGCCACCUUCCUCCUCUUCACUUGGUACAUCACACUGCUGCUCUUUAGGAUCUUUGUCACUGAGGUGUACACUUUUCCUGUGCAGUCGACUUUCACUGAGGAUUCCCACCAGAGUCUCCCCAAAGUGCUCACUGACAAGCAGCCAAUGAUAUUAAAGUUUCUAGCUCUGCAGGACUUGGCUCUGUUGUCUCAACACUCUCCUUCUCGACGCAGUGAAGUCUUCAGCCUCAGUCAGCCAGGUGGACACCCUCAUAACUGGAAUGCCAUAAGUGGAGAGUGUUUGUCUCUGCUGGCUGCGCUGACCCAGAGGCUCGCAGCCUAUCAUGAAACCGUGGCGACCAACGGCAGAGCUAAAUCACUGUCAAGUGGAAGUGAAAGGAUAACUUCUGAGCCAUCAAGUACAGAAGAUCCGAUGAGUCCAAGGCCCGUGUUCCUAAUGAAAACUCCAAAUAUAGCUUUUGCCCGGUCUGUUGGAGGAAGUUCUCAGAGCCCUCUGACGAUACCAUUCACUCCAGACCUGGACAGUCCUUUUGCAUCCCCCGCUCUGCGACGCCUCAUCGCUCCUGUGGAGCAGUGCUCGCCAUGGCACGGGACUGUGCAGAGCCCACACAUUAUGAGGAGAGCCCCAAAGCUUUGGUCCACCUCCACAGAUUUACAGGUCAAUGGCAGCCCCCCACCUUCCCCAGCCACUGUUCCCGGUCCGAAGCAGGAAAUCUCCAAACCAAGUUUUUUGGCCCAGUUUCUCCAGAACAGAAAAGAACAGGUUAAACACUUCUUGGCAAAGCGGGUGCUGAUAAUGUAUUUGUUUAACAAGCUCCCAGAAGCCUCCAGUCAGGCUCUGUUCGCCGACAGCCAGGCUCACAUCUGGGCUUUGGAAGGGCUGUCGUACCUAGUUCAAGCCUCCUUCACAGAGGACCAGUUUGGGGUUGUUCAGACUACACUACCCAGUAUUCUCAGCUCCAUGCUGCUCUUACAAGAGGCCGUGGACCGACACUUCAAGCUGCCUCAUGCGUCCAGUAAGCCCGUCAGGUCGACCAGCAGCAUGGAAGACUCAACCUACAAAACGCUUCGCUUUGCUCUGAGGGCCACGCUCAAGACCGCCAUUUACAGGAUUACAACCACCUUUGGAGAUCACUUAAAUGCUGUGGAGAUGUCUGCAGAGCACCGGAAAAGAUUGCAGCAGUUUUUACAAUACAAGGAAUAAGACUCCGCCCCCUGGCUUUUGUGUUGUGCAUCUUCUUUACGCAGGAGGUGCAACGUUACACGUGAUGGACAACAACUUUUUGUUUUGGAUACAUUUUAGCUUUAAGCAGCUCAAUUCCCCACAUUUACUUUUUGUAUUUAACAAAUGACUCUUUAAAGAUGAGCUUAUGCAACGUUGCCUUCUGGUUUCAGCUGCAGUUUUUCUUGUGAAGUUUGAGUGGUGACAAGAGUUUGGUUUUAAAAUGAGAUGGUUACAGUUGCAGAUGUGUUCUGUAAAUGUUUUCAUAGAUUUGCUUUUCUUCUGGACACCAUUCUGCCUUAACUGCAGCGUGCACCAGUUCAGUCAGGCUUGUGUGUGUUAGAUUUGGAUGAGAUGAUGAUUUGAGAUCUCACUAGAAUUCAGCGAAUAAAAUUUUUCUCAGAAAUGA